GGUGCCAUGACGCUCCGCCAAAUCUAUCCUGGAGCUGGCGACAAUUGGAUCCGGUAGUCGGAGUACGAGUAGUUGGUCAGAGCACUCUCAAUGUGGUGACAAYACUCUUUGGUUUCUGAACAAAGGAUCUGUCUAUAGUAUAUCAAGAAGGGAAUGCAUCAUGUGUAGACCUAUUGGCAAUACCCUUCGAUUGACCAUCAUCCUAGGUUGUUGUUUGGCGGUAUGUGGCUGUCCAUUUCUAGCUUGAGUGUCGACGUCGGCAAAAAUGCAGCAAAACGUGACGWAUGUCGCCAGUCGAACGAAAUGCUCAUCGCCCUUUGCUUCUUCUUCUAUCUGCAUCCCAUAUCAUCCUCUUUUGAUUACCUCAUGUGACUUUAGUUUAUUUUUCAAUCAAUAAACAAUAAAAAUUGCGAGUUUGUGUACAAGGUGGACGAAGAAACCGACGAUUAUGUUGAAACUGGAACUUUAAACUUUGGAUUAUUUUAUGAGGGAUACAACGGCUACUGCUUUGAUAACACGCAGGGGUACAUAGCCAUCGACGACGACGCCAAUGUCGUGUUGUCGAUUGCMAGGGACGCCCACAUUGUUUCCAUGACCGCCGGCGGCAUUGCCACGUUCUUAGUCGCUAUCGACUGGUUAGCAUGCAAGGUGCCCUGUGGGACCAUUUUAGAGGGGCUUGCCUUCUUUGUCGCCUGGGUGUCUGGACUGUAAGUCUUUAGCGAAAGAAUCGAAYCGUGAAGAAAAAUACUUGACCACAGAAUGUUCCGCGAGUCGGUGUUCGACAUUUUSUGCCGGCUAGUCGAUUUGCUUGGCGUGCUAGUGGAACAUUUGAAGUUCUGCUCGUUCUCACCUGGGACUUGUUUUUCUUUUCCUCCUGCUGCAAUCCUCCCAGAAUUGUCUACGCCGUUUUCGGAAUGGAAGGCUGCGGAACCGAUUUCAUUGCCACCGAGCUCCUGAACGAUGUUGACGCUGCGGCUGCGGAAUAUAAGAACCAACUCGACGCCGCGACCACGGACUUAACUAGCGUCGGYACAUACCCUGGGAUGGAUGCCACGGAGUUAGGUGCGGAUCUAGGUUUGAAUUUGAAUAUGACGGGUGUGAACAUCACUGAGAGUUUAUUAGAAAAGGGCUUUCCCAUCGAAAUUGCCMAAAAAAUCCCCUUUGGCACAAAGUGUAAUUGGGGACCGGGUGCGAGCUUCAAUCUCAUGGCGGUGCUGAUUUAUUUUGUGAGUGGAGCUCUGCUGUGUUGUCUACCUGAUCCCACCCCGGUUUGCGAGGGUAGAAAAGAGUCAGAACAAGAACGGAAGAGUACGAACUUGUCGAGAAGCGCCGGCAGAAACGUUGUAUAAUGAAAUGUAAAGAAACGUGAUUUUCUAACCACCACGUCGCAACUCAYCCUUUGAUGGGAUAUGUGAGUWCAUCGAUCCAGAACCAUAUGUUUUUUCUCAGGUUGGUGAAGCGCGAACCUAUGAAUGACGAUUUUGUAGAUGAAGCGAUCGAACGAGCGAAGAUAAAAUCAUCUUGCUUAU